AUGAAGGUCCUCGCCUGGUAUAUCACGAUCUUCUUGAUUUCCGGAUGCUCUGCACUCAGCGUGGCACUUUUCCGUAGCAAACGUGAUACAUACAAUACCAUCCCUAGAUCUAUCAAUAAGACAGUUCAUAGUGAUGGUUCAAUCACCUACAACUUUCUCGCGAUCACUGAUAUGGAUGAAAACGGUAGAACGUCACCUGAUGAUUAUAACUGGCGCGCUGUAACGCGGAGGGGAACACUUACUAUAAGUAAAGACAAAAGAAAGGCGACUGUGGAAUGGAUAAACAAAUCUGAUCAAAAUAUUACUUCGGGACUGAACUACAAAGGAAGAGCAAUGGAGUUGUCGGAUCUCUCAGAAUUCAACGGACACCUCCUCUCACCUGAUGAUAAGACCGGAAUGUUGUACGAAAUUCAAGAUGGGAAGGCAAUUCCAUGGGUGUUCCUUAACUCCGGACCAGGAAACACAACAAAAGGAAUGAAAGCAGAGUGGUUAACCAUCAAGGGAGAUCGGCUGUAUGUAGGAGGUCACGGUUGUGAAUACAGAGACAAGAAUGGGAAAGUAAAGAGCGAAGAUGCAAUGUGGAUCAAGAUCGUCACAAAAACCGGAGAGGUAACAAGCGAGAACUGGAAGCAUAUUUAUUCAAGAAUGCGCAAUAAAGCUGGCUACCCUAAACCCGGUUACUUGACGCAUGAGGCAGUGCAAUGGUCAGAAAUUCAACGAAAGUGGUACUUCUUACCUAGAAAAGCCUCAACAACGAAAUACAAUGAGAAGGAAGAUGAAAUGAAGGGUGCGAACAUGAUCAUUGAAUCCGACGCUGAUCUGAAAUCGUUCAAAUUCGUGUUGUUGGGAAGAAGUGCAGAGCAGCAUCCUGGAAUAGGCUUUUCUGCUUUCGACUUCGUACCUGAUACGAAUGAUGAAUUGAUCGUUGCCAUUAAGUCGAAAGAAGUAACUGGCAGUGAUCCUGAGAGCUACAUCACUGUGCUCUCGGUCAAAGGGAGGACUAUAAUGCGUGAUCAAAAGCUCGAAGGCAACCUGAAGUUCGAAGGAAUUUACUUUGUCUGA